AAGUACCGCCCCCGCUCCCGCACCCCCGACGACCACGACGCCAAGCGGAGGAAGGAGGACAAGGGGCACGACUCCGACGGCGAGAAGAGCGAUCAGGACCAUGGUCGUCCGAUGUCGCCAACGAGGACCCAACAACUCCUCCACAGGCCAACGGCGACCACCGCGACGUGCGCGAGAACGGCGAGAAGAAGCCCGAGCGGCCGCCCUCGCAGUCCUCGUCGUCGCGAUCCACGCCGCAGCUCAAAGCACGAGAAGGGCUCCGGCUAUGACCCCCACGGUGUGCGGCCGCCUCCGCUCGCUUCCAACGGCAUUCCAACCAACGGCUCCGCUGGGAAACCGGCCUAUAGCUUUCACGUGAGCGGCGAGGGCCAGCUGGCCCCCGUCCCGUUCCCCUCGGACGCGCUGCUGGCCCCGGGCAUUCCUCGGCACGCGCGGCAGAUCAACACGCUGCACCACGGCGAGGUGGUGUGCGCCGUCACCAUCAGCAACCCCACCAAGUACGUGUACACGGGCGGCAAAGGCUGCGUCAAGGUGUGGGACAUCAGCCAGCCCGGGUCCAAGACGCCCGUGUCGCAGCUGGACUGCCUGCAGCGGGAUAACUACAUCAGGUCCGUCAAGCUCCUGCCUGACAUGCGCACCCUCAUCGUGGGCGGCGAGGCGUCCACCCUCAGCAUCUGGGACCUGGCCACGCCCACGCCCCGGAUCAAGGCAGAGUUGAUAUCCUCCGCCCCCGCGUGCUACGCCCUGGCCAUCAGCCCCGACUCGAAGGUGUGCUUCAGCUGCUGCAGCGACGGCAACAUCGCGGUGUGGGACCUGCACAACCAGACGCUGGUGCGGCAGUUCCAGGGCCACACGGACGGCGCCUCCUGCAUCGACAUCUCGCCCGACGGCACCAAGCUGUGGACGGGCGGCCUGGACAACACCGUGCGGUCGUGGGACCUGCGCGAGGGGCGCCAGCUGCAGCAGCACGACUUCACCAGCCAGAUCUUCUCGCUGGGCUUCUGCCCGACCGGCGACUGGCUGGCCGUGGGCAUGGAGAGCUCCAACGUGGAGGUGCUGCACGUGAACAAGCCCGACAAGUACCAGCUGCACCUGCACGAGUCCUGCGUGCUCUCCCUCAAGUUCGCCUCGGCCGGCAAGUGGUUCGUGUCCACGGGCAAGGACAACCUGCUCAACGCGUGGCGCACGCCCUACGGCGCGUCCAUCUUCCAGUCGAAGGAGUCCUCGUCGGUGCUGAGCUGCGACAUCUCCGCGGACGACAAGUACAUCGUGACGGGCUCGGGCGACAAGAAGGCCACCGUCUACGAGGUCAUCUACUAAAGUGGCCGAGCCGCCGCGACCUAGUGCCUGGGCCCCGCAGGAGGGGCGUCUCCUUAGGGAUAUUCAGGGCACCCUGAGAGGGCGGCAGAGGAGCAGAUUUGGGCGUGUGGACGUGGUAUCCAUAGGCGAUGCGAAGGCGCCAGAGUGGCAGUGUACAGCGACCGGGCUUGCCCCAAGUGAUAGCGUUCAUCUUUUAUAAUGAAGCAAUUUAUGUGAUUCGAGGGCGGGUCCGAGUAGAUUAGAGGAACUUACUGGAUCGGAUCGGUGGUGUUCUCCGCGGCGGAAGCAGAGCCGCCGGCGCCCUUCGGGGCCGACCCCGCCGCCGCCCUGUGUGUCUCGAGGAGCAGCGAGUCCUGCAACAAAAGUGGAUGUGGAGGCGUCACUCGCGAGGCGGGAGUGGAGUCGGAACACUUACCUUAGGUACAUUUAGCUUCUGUGGAUAAUUCAGUAGGUUCAUUCCUUUAACCUAUUUUAGUUGUCCUUAUUGGUUCCAGAGCCAUUUUAGGUUCUAUGAUUUCUGUCUCGAUUAUUAGGAGACCUCAUGUAAAGUAUUAAAGCUAUUCCCAAGGUCUUGCUCACACGAGAGGCAACAAAGGCUCUGAAGUCCCAUUCGGAAAUUGCCCAGAAAGUAGGCAUCGAAGUCGGUCUUCGCGGGCCGCGCCCAGGGGGAGGGGGGGGGGGAGGGCUUAAGGGGAAGGCCGCCUUGGCCGAGGGCGGAGGAGGCGCGCCCGCAGGAGAGCUCCCCCUGCGGCGCCUGCCCGGGAAGACCGACCUUGAGGGUCUACGUUGAAGGUCCUUGGCUCAACGCCUUCGUCAGGAUUCUUGUCUUUUUGAGUUCUUCGAGUGCCAGUGAUCGACUUCAAGUGGAAGAACCGAAAAGCCUCCUUUGCAACUUCUGUUUUGUCUUGUUCUCUUGAAGGCGUUGGUGAGUGUGACUGGGUUACCUGACGGUCCGGAAGAAGGGUCGUCUCGACUUAAACUAAGACGUGUAGACGUGUCAACAACCGCCUCUUUAAAGACGUUCGUGCUGGAGACCUUCAGAAAAUUCAAGCAGCCAAAAAGAUAACUAAAAAAAAAAAUAAAGAAAAAUAAAAAGGAAAUUUCUCCGAUGGUGGUUCUCCAUUAACCGUUGCGCCAGUAAGCCCUGGUAUUUCUUGUUUCCUCCUUGUUUUGUGGUUAUCCCCCUUCCUCCAGCCCCCCCCUCAAUCUCCCCCUCUCCCCUUCAUUCCUUCUUCCUUCAACACAGCACCCCCCCCCCCCGAAGGCCCGCCCGCCGCCCACCCCGGGGAGGAAAUGAUUACACUCGUGCCAUUCAGGAACCGUAGAUUUAACAGGCGGACGGCGGCGCCGACGGGGAAGAGGAGACUCCGCGUGCCGUAAGAGUGCGAGUGGAUGGGGCGAUCUGAUUAGGCGGGAUAGUCAGUCAUUUUUUUAUCGGUCAUUGAAAGAUUAAGAGACGGUGGGGGGGGGGGGGGGACAGUAUCUUCUUUCCUACGUGUUGGUGCUCUCGUCUCGUCCCCACUCGAUCGCGUGCGGGCGUGGACCGCCGUUGCGCGACUUUCGGCCCUCUCCCCUUCCCGUUCUCCCUCCCCCCUCUCCCCCUUUCUCGUCC